UUGUGCCAGGAUAUUCCACCUUGUUGGCACCUUUGACUGACCUCUUGCAAAAGGGGAAGAAGUGGACAUGGAGUGAGGAGUGUGAGAGCGCCUUCUCCCAAGUCAAGGAAGUCUUGUGCGGCCAGCCGGUUUUACGGGCACCGGACUUUACUAGGCCUUUUGCUUUGGCGGUUGAUGCUAGCCAGGCAGGGGUGGGCGCAGUUCUCAUGCAGCCCGACGAACAACAAGUAAAUCAUCCUGUCUGUUACUUCUCUAGGAAGUUUACUCCCGCCCAAAGGAACUACUCAGUCAUUGAGCAAGAGUUACUGGCCAUUCUUUCGGCUCUGCAGCAUUUCGAAAUCUAUGUCCCGGCCUAUGGUCCCCUAGUUACCAUCUAUUCUGACCAUAGUCCUUUGCAAUUUCUGGAUAAAUUCAAAUUCAAAAAUGUGCGACUCACUCGAUGGAGUUUACUUUUGCAGGAAUAUAACCUGGAGGUCCGCCACAUUAAGGGAGUAGAUAAUGUUGUGGCCGACUGUUUGUCGCGAGCCACUGAAUAA